AUGGAUGAGACUUUAAUCGCUACCAUUAACAAAUUACAAGAUGCUUUAGCACCAUUAGGUGGUAGUAGCCAAUCACCAAUUGAUUUACCCCAAAUUACCGUUGUUGGGUCUCAAUCUUCUGGUAAAUCAUCUGUUCUGGAAAAUAUUGUUGGGAGGGAUUUCUUGCCAAGAGGUACUGGUAUUGUCACAAGAAGACCUUUAGUUCUUCAAUUAAUCAAUAGAAGAAAAAAAAAAGAUGCUUCUUCCAACAAUGGGAAUCAACAAGAUGAUUUGACAGAAAACCUAUUGGAUUUGAAAGUAGAUGAUUCAAAAGAGUCAGACAAGAGCAAGUCAAGCACAAAACAUCAAUCAGAAGAUAACAUGGAAGAAUGGGGUGAAUUUCUUCAUUUACCAGAUAGGAAGUUUUACAAUUUUAAUGAUAUUAGAAAAGAAAUUGUCAGAGAAACUGAAAAAAUUACUGGUCCUAACCAAGGGAUCUCAGAUUUACCUAUUAAUUUAAGAAUAUACUCUCCCUAUGUCUUGACUUUGACUUUAGUCGAUUUACCUGGGUUAACAAAAGUUCCUGUUGGGGAUCAACCACAAGAUAUUGAAAGACAAAUUAAACAAAUGUUACUAAAAUAUAUUAAAAAACCAAAUGCUAUCAUUUUAUCGGUCAAUGCCGCAAACCAAGAUUUAGCAAAUAGUGAUGGGUUGAAAUUGGCAAGAGAAGUUGAUCCAGAAGGUACAAGAACUAUUGGUGUUUUAACUAAAGUCGAUUUAAUGGAUGAAGGUACCGAUGUUAUUGAUAUCUUGGCAGGAAGAGUCAUUCCAUUAAGAUAUGGUUAUAUUCCUGUUAUUAAUAGAGGUCAAAAGGAUAUCGAAAAUAAUAAAACAAUUAGAGAUGCCUUGCAAGAUGAAAAGCAAUUCUUUGCUACUCAUGCAGCAUACAGUUCCAAAUCUCAAUAUUGUGGUACCCCAUAUUUGGCUAAAAAAUUAAACUCAAUCUUAUUGCAUCAUAUCAGACAAACAUUACCAGAUAUUAAAGCUAAGAUUGAAGCCACUUUAAAGAAAUUCCAAAACGAAUUGAUUAGCUUAGGCCCUGAUUCCAUGGAUUCUUCAAGUUCUAUCGUUUUAAGUAUGAUUACCGAUUUUUCUAAUGAAUUUGCAGGGAUCUUAGAUGGUGAAGCUAAAGAAUUGUCAAGUAAUGAAUUAUCUGGUGGUGCAAGAAUUUCGUUUGUUUUCCAUGAAGUGUUUAAAAAUGGCGUGGAUUCCCUAGAUCCAUUCGACCAAAUCAAAGAUUCAGAUAUUAGAACCAUCAUGUAUAAUAGUUCCGGUUCCGCACCUUCUUUAUUCGUUGGUACUGAAGCAUUCGAAGUUUUAGUCAAACAACAAAUUAGAAGAUUUGAAGAUCCUUCCAUCCGUUUGGUUAAUUUGAUCUUUGAUGAAAUGGUUCGUAUGUUGAAACAAAUUAUUUCUCAAAUCAAAUAUGGUAGAUACCCAGCUCUAAGAGAAGCUAUUUCAUCUCAAUUUAUAGAAUUCGUUAAAGAUGCCAUGCUUCCAACCAUUGAAUUCGUUAAAGAUAUCAUUAAAGCUGAAGAAACUUAUAUUAACACUGCCCACCCAGAUUUAUUAAAAGGUUCUCAAGCUAUGGCAAUGGUGCAAGAAAAAUUACAUCCGACUCAAAUAUCUGUUGAUCCAAAGACUGGGAAACCUUUACCAAAACAACCAGCUCAAACUCCUCCAGUGGAUGAGAAAGGUGGGUUCUUUGGUGGGUUCUUCACUUCCAAAAACAAAAAGAAAUUGGCUGCUUUAGAGGCUCCUCCACAAAACUUAAGAGCUACAGGGCAUAUGACUGAAAGAGAAACAAUGGAAACUGAAGUUAUCAAAUUAUUAAUUGUAAGCUAUUUCAGCAUUGUUAAACGUACAAUUGCCGAUAUAGUUCCUAAAGCUGUUAUGUUGAAAUUGAUUCAAAGAAGUAGAAAUGAAAUUCAAAAAGUUUUAUUAGAAAAACUUUAUAGUAACACCGAUUUAGAUGAAUUAACUAAAGAAAAUGAUAUGACUAUUCAAAGAAGAAAAGAAUGUAAAUCAAUGGUGGAAAUAUUGAGAAAUGUAAGUCAAAUCGUUUCCUCAGUUUAA